AUGUACACUUUCAUUGAUACCACAAGCCCUUCACGAGUAUAUCCAUAUCUUGUCCCCCCUAUUACUUUGUUGAUUCCCCGCACUGCCGCCACUGGUCAACAACGUGAUGCUAAGGAGAUGGCCAAUGAGUUGAAGCAUAUCCUAGCUACCAGCAAACUGAUCACCGCGAAAUUAACCACAAAAUCAGAAAUCUUACCUGGUGAUUGA